CGCUAGGAAACUACAUCGCAUUUGCAUUUUAUCUGGUAAGAUUCUGGUCCAAAACUCCGCAUUUGAGAGAAAAAAGCGCCUGAAAUUUCGCKUAAGGGGUUAGUUUAACGGUAAAACUUCGCCGAAAACUUUCAGAAAAUUAAUAUUUCUAGACUUGGAGAAAAUCGGGCUUUGAAUACUUGGUUGCGAGAAUGGAUUUUCUUCGAACGAUUAUUUUGGUUUKGGUGGCAGCUUUGAUGGAGAUGACUUACGUUGCAAAUGCUACGAAUUCUUCAGCGUGCGAGGUCCAGCCUCCAUGUCCAAAGGUCAUCCCAAUCAAUUGGUGGGAAAUUCCUCCAUACAUCUACAAAGAUAAAGAUGAUAAUGGAAAUCUAAUUGGCAAAGUGAAGGGUAUCUUCCCCACAGUCCUUGAAAGACUCUUCCAACACUGCUGUGGAGCUUGUGUCAAUCUCAGUUACAUAUCCCACCCAUACAACGAUUCCGAGGAAGUCAAGAAACAUAUCGGAGAGAACGGUUCUCUUCUCAGUCUACCAGUCUAUGGUGACAUGAAGGAAAUCAAAUUCCAAACCUUUCCAUUCUAUCCGGUAGUCGAGUCUCCAGGAGUAGUUUUCAUCGUGAAGAAGGAAGAUUCAUCGGCUGCAGCUACAGCAGUUAUGAAAGCUGUGUUUCAAGGCUGGCCCGUUUUGUUGCUGACUUUGAUUAUGGCAGCUCUUUCUGGCAUAAUUGUUUGGGCUUUGGACACAUACUGGAACCCGGAGGAAUUUCCUAGAUCCUUUUUCAAGGGAACAUGGGAAGGCUUCUGGUGGGCUUUCGUCUCCAUGACAACUGUAGGGUAUGGAGACAGAGCUCCGCGUUCAGUCUUGGCUCGUACAUUUGCAUUUGUCUGGGUUCUGAUUGGCCUUGUUAUCAUUUCCAUUUUUACAGCUACUGUCACAACUUCCCUCACAGCUAUUUCGCUUAGCAACGAAAUAAAGCUCUACGGUUCAGAUGUCGUUGCCUUGAAGAACACCGAGGAGCAGAGACUUGGGGUCAAAAGUAAUGCUAAAGUUCAAGAAAAGAGUACCGUCCAGCAGCUCAGAGAUGCCAUAUUGGAUACCGAAGUGGUAAUCACAGGCGCUUUGCUAGACAGUUACGUUGCAGGCUACUGGGCUCAGGACAAUUUUCCCCUUAAGGACGAAGAUCUACGAGUUGGUACAGUUCUUGACCACCAGUUUGCUUAUGGUUUCGUUAUUGAUGGCGUACUGAAUGACGAAAAGUUUAUCAAGUGCUUGCGUCAGAAACUAAACAGAAUGGAGACGGAAAUUACAUCCAUCAUUCAGAGUCAGGCCAAGACAAUGGAAGAGGCCGGCCAGAGUGCAGCCGAGGAGAAGAGCAGCAAUCUUUUCGAUGCCAAGUCUCCAAUUUUCCAGCAGGCUAUUUACACAUGUCUUGGACUUGUGGCUGCGUUGACCGUUUGUGGACUUAUCUGGGAAUUCGCUUACUGGAGACCUCGCCAACCUAAGGAAGCCAAAACAGAAGUCGAACGCAUCGUCCCCCAAGAUACAUCUUACGAGAACCUUGUAGCUCAGCAGUGCAACGAAAUUGAGGAAGCUAUGAUGAAUGAGGUACAGCGAUUCUAUAUCGCAUGGAACAAAAAGCUUGAAGAACUGAGGCGCCGCAACGGCCACAUGAGCGCUAGUGAUGUGAACGUCAUGGGCAUGGGCGGCGAGAGGAGCUUUUAAAGUUCCUCAGUCUUUUGUACAAAUACAGAUUAUGACGACAGAAAUGAUCACGUCACUGGCAUUCAUCUUCACAGUUAUUGUCUAAUGGUACAAUUAUCAUACAUUCGUGAUAAAGAAACAAACCUAUAUGGUUUCUUACAUCGAGAACAAGUAAGCGGCGGUAAUGCCACGGUUUUAACAAAAGAGUUGAAGAUUUCAAUCAUAGCACAAAUUUGCACACUUUCCGUCGUCAUAAUCUGGUAAUGGCCCCGCUUCAGGAUUACGUCACAUCGAAAAUAGACUGCAAGCUAAACUGGCAAGAAUAAUGUUGUUAGUAAAAUGUCAAUAAGAUUUUUUUUAAUGAAGCAAGUAUUAAAUAAGUUUUGAAAGGAACCUCAAACUAUGAGGUGAUGAUUUCAAAAUCUUUACCCAAAAAUAUGUUGCCAAGGAAUCAAUUGUCUUUUAUUUGAUAUUUUGUUAAAUCAAUGUUUGGACUUUUCGAAGUUUUGCAUAUUUUUUUUGGUUGUUGCAAGAAGCCUGUUUAGCAAGUUCAGUCAGUCAGUUGCAAAGCUGACGUAAUCUUGAAAUCGAGCCAUUAAAUUAUCAAUAGUAUAUUAUACUAUAAUUUGCACUGAUAUGAAUGAAAAUUACGAUAUUACAAGAUGUACACUAAUGGGUCUCCCAGAUCAGACCGGGUUUGCCACCAGUAUGUUGGACAAUUUCUAGCUCACGGGUAUAUUUGUUUAUAUACCGUUCUGAGACAGAGCUCGUCUGGGCCAAGUAAUACGAAGAAUCAAAAGAGGCACCAAAGAAUAAUUAUUAACACUGACAUACAUAAUACUUUUGAUAAAAUUCCCGCAAGAUAGUCCCAAGCAGAUCACUACGAUCGUCUGGGUUUCUUGGGAAACACCGAUUUACAUCACACAGCAUAUCGAAAUGAUUCCGUGAGCACACUGAUGUCUAACGAUGAUCUGUACCAAUCCAAUUAGUCCAAUUAGGUUUUUUAAGCUGUAAAUUAGAGUUAUACGAUACCCCGGUAUAAAUUAAACCAUUAACAUUGAAAUAUUUCAAUAGCACAGAUUGGCCACUUUUGUGACAUUUUUUUACGACAGUAAUGAACCCUUCUCAAAAGUAUCAUGGAUAUGAGUUUAACAUGGAAAUACAAAAAAAAAAAAAAAAACGCCACAAAUUCCAUCAAGAAAAAGCGUGAUUUCUUUUGUAUUAAUUUCCAUUAGCUUCGUAUGCAUGAUACUUUUGAGAAUGACCCAUUACUAUUCAGUUGAUACUAAUAAAAUUUGAAUACAUGCAUUGCACAGACCUAUAUGGCCAAACCAGCCAUUCUUCGUGGGGUGUAGUGAGCCAAUUGAUAGGAUUUUGCUGCUUUUGUGAGACUGCUGGAAUGCCGUUUCGCUGCCACAGUUUUCUUAUUGAUUCCAUGUCAAAUAUAAAUUGACAAUGUGGCGGCGGCAAAAAGGAUUAAUUCAAGACGCGGCAACUAAUGUAAAACAUAGGUCUAUGAAAAAGACUAGUAGUUCACUUAUCAUAGAGUGGUAAAUAUAUCAUAUAGAUUGAAGCGGUAUUUUACUAAACAUUAUUUCAAGUUGUUUUUCAUAAGCACAUUAUUUCGACGUACUUAUACACCUGCUUUUAAAAAAACGUCGAUCGAAAAUCUGAAAUCUGAGACCAAGUGAAGAUGAUAAAAAAUGUAAUAUAUUUACAGCAGAACAACGUAGCUUGCUUUUUGGAUUGAAAUACGAUACAUGACCUUUGAGUUAGGAGUGUCAGAAAACGCAAAAGCACAAAAAUUCCGUUCAGUUUAAGGUCACCCCUCCCAGAUCUCAAAACGUUUUUUUUARAAAUAGGUGUAAAUGAGAAUAUAUCACUAGAAUUACUAUACGCUGGAGGCAGUUAAACACACACUAUAACGGUCUACUUAAUGAAUCGAUCUAAGCUUUAGCGUGAGAAAAUUAAUAUUUGCAGACUCGAUAAUUGUCUUACCUUACACUUGUCGAAAAAAAUAACUGCACCACGUCUGCAUAUGUAUUGCUUAUGGUUGUGCUUGGCUAACACAUUGGAUGCAGCAAAUUCAAAGGUUUAGAAAAUAGACACAACACUUGCGUAAGUAGCGCGACCAACCAUCUCGCUACCCAAUUCAAGUUUAAUGCUGCUAUCCAAAAAAUGUGACUUCUUUUUGGCCGCGACCUAAAUGGCAAAUACAACAGAUGUUAGCUGUAAAAAUUCAGAUUGGGCAAACGCUUCUGUUCGCACAGAUCCAUUUGCUCGAUUUAAGAACUGUAAAAGCAAAGAAUAUUAGUAUUAGACUCAUCUUUAAUAGCAGCUAAAUUUACUGCCUUAUAUAAAAUGCUUGCAUCUCGACUAACGAGAAAUGCAUACUCAGAUCAUCCAGCACUACGUCCCACGCCCUAUUACGCUUAUUACACAUUUCCGUUGUAAUGAGGUUUUGUUUUCGCGAAAUGCGUAUGCGAAUAUUUUUUUAAAGAUUUCAUGCUCACUAGGUGAACUUUAGCACAAAUAACAUUGACAAUAUGUUAAAUUUCAAAUGCCUGCCGUAUUAGUGUGUAAAAUCACUUUGCAAAUAAAUUAAACAGGUUGUGGAUCAAUCUAAAA